CUCCCAGCCCGCACUGCGCAUGCUCCCCGCAUCCUCUCCAUCCCCACGUCGAGGGACUUGAAAGCUUGAAUAAAGAUGCUCAGCGUCUCGGGUCGCUGGCGCCUCGUCACCGGGUGAAACAGAGUCAUCUGGAGGGUCGGAGGGAAACGAGCACGUUUUUAUUUUUAGCACCUUUCGUCUCGCGGUUUCGGCUUCUCGCGGCUCUUCACAUCGACAUGGAGCUGAAGAAAUCUAUUUCGGACACCGAGCGCGCGCUCAGGAGCUACGGCGCCGUGUCGGAAACGGCGUGGACAACAGACAAAGGUCACUCAGACGUGUCCAUGGCCGAGAGCACUAUGUCGCCGGAGGAGAUCGAGGUGGAGAUGGCUCGUAUCCAGCGUCUGCGUGAGGUCCUGGUGCGCAGGGAGUCCGAGCUGCGCUUCAUGAUGGACGACAUCCAGCUCUGCAAAGACAUCAUGAGUUUAAAGCAGGAGCUCAGACAGAUUGUCGCAGUACCAGAGAAAGAAAAAACUAAGAAGCAAAAGCAGAGGGAAGAGGAACUGAUCCUGAAGAUCCAUAAACUGGUGCAGAAGAGGGAUUUCCUGGUCGACGACGCCGAGGUGGAGAGAUUAAGGGAGCAAGAGGAGGACAAGGAGAUGGCGGAGUUCCUCAGGCUGAAGCUGAUGCCUCUGGAACAGAAGCUCAAAGACACACAAAAUCCUCCAAAGCCCAAGAGACAAAUCCCAGAGCCGCCUCCCAACAAACCAUCCAUCACCAAGUCAGGAGUGGCCAUCAUCAAGGACUGCUGCGGAGCCACCCAGUGCGCUGUAAUGUAACUGACCUCUUUAUGGCCCCGACACCCACAUGACAUACAUCACCUCCUGUUACUCAGAGGACCACUGUUAGUCUCCUUGAAACGGAUCGGGAAUCAGAUUUAACUGAUCCCCAAUCAAUAUUAAAGGAAAACUAUGCUGCAAGUUUAUGAAGUAAAAUGAGAGGAAGCUAGGAAGAGAACUGUAAAUUCAAACAAAUCUAAUUAAUAUGUAGUACGCUGAUGUAUUUAUUCAAUCUGAUCCGAUCAUUCCAUCGUGAAACAUUCCUUUGAGGUGGCAGCAUGGCCCAUAAUGAUGCAUCUGAUUCAAGCAGAACUAAAAAGCACAAUGUCCCCAUCUUAAGGAUGAGAUUCUCUGCGUGACAGGAAAGUAACAACGUUUUCAUCUCGCCACGUUUCACGGUGGCUUAUUAAUUCUCUCACUUUCAGGCGAACUGCAGCUCUGGAUUUUCAUUAUUUUUGGAUUCCUGUUGAAGUUAAACUGGAUUUAAUUAAAUACUAAAGCGUUUCUGUUAUUAGUCUAGCCCACUGUCUAAAGUGGGGUUGUCAAAAUAAUAGAAACAACACAAUAGUCCUACAAACCAUAGCCUACAGAAAUGUAAACAGUUGAAUCAACAGCUCUGUUAUUGCCGAAUACCAAACUCUUAAUGAAGGUAAGAGUCAGAGGACUGUUGCAUCUGGAUGCUGUCAGUCACUAGCGUACCUAAUGAACUGGCACAGGACAGCUUGGAUCUUCAGAAAGAGGUUUAAAAAAAAAAUUCCCUGCAGUUACCAGUAAUUGCCAUAGGUGUCGCCAAAGACAAGAUCUUAGAGAGUGACACUUUUAUUUGAAGAAUUCACUUUAAUGCACCACUGCUAACCCUUCUACACAGCUGCGUCAUUAGGCUGAGUGCCAAUUAGCAACUUUUAUAUGCUUGAGAGAGCGAGCUUUCAAAACUGCACAAGGAAUAGACUAAACAAAUUCUAGGUGGAUCACAACAUCAAAGAUUACCGAUCAUCGUUCCUUAAAAUGUAUCAAUAAAUUCAGUGGGACGGUCGUGACGUGCACCUAUCAGUUUUAUUUAGUGCCAUUAAUGUUAAAUAUUAAACAAAAACAUUGCCCCGACUUUUUCAUAGCGCUGUAGAUAAAGUGCCAGUUGGCAUUCAGCCUCAUGUGACUCACUCCUGUUAUGAUUUUAUUGCCUGUAACUCCCAACUCUUAAAUCAUGCUUGCUCAUUCCAACACAUCACUCACAACACAUCAGCUACCGGGAAGUAUUGACUGCAGUGGUAAGAUGUCAUUCACGGUUAUUAUGGAUAUUUCCAAUACAAACAACUUGCAUCCUCUGAAUUUAGUCUCGUGUUUUUAUGAUAAACACCAGGAAAUGAUUGCAACUCUCUUGUAAAUGCCUCUAAUAGACAGUGUAUGUUUGAGUGUAUUUAGGACAUUAGUGACUCCUGUCAAGCAAAGUGUUGCUCUCUGUCACUUCUGAUAUCUUAGCAUUCUGUAGUUGUAGUGAAAUUAUGAAGGUCCUAAUGUUGAAUAUUGAACAAAUAUGCAGAAAAUAAGCUGAAACUACCUGUACAUAUAUGUUUAAAUAAAGAGCAUCUUUCAGGAA